AUGAUUGAAAGUGAAAGACUAAACUACAUACGCAGGCAACAAAAGAAUCUUCGUUGUGAAUCAUUUGAAAAUCUCAAGAAGCAUAAAGAGGGUGGUUCAGAUUCAUUAUCGCAGACCGGGAAGCGCGUUCUUUUACCUUCUUCGUUUACAGGAGGUUCUCGGUUCAUGCAGCAAAAUUACCUUGAUGCAAUGGCUUUAUGUAAGUGGUAUGGCUACCCGGAUUUUUUCAUAACUAUAACCUGUAAUCCAAAGUGGCCUGAAGUAAAAAGAUUUCUUAAGGAUUCAACCAUUAAAGCUGAAGAUAGGCCUGAUAUAUUAUGCCGAUUGUUUAAGAUGAAGCUCGAUUCUUUAACAAAAGAUCUAAAGGAUUCUAAAUUUCUAGGUGAUAUUAAUGCUGUUGUUUAUACAGUUGAAUUUCAAAAACGUGGUCUGCCCCAUGCUCACAUUUGUUUAUUCAUGAAGGCCAAUCACAAACUUCCUACCGUAGAUCAGAUAGACCCCUUUAUUUCUGCUGAGAUUCCAGAUAAGGAUGAAGAUCCUGAACUUUAUUCUCUUGUGACUGAUUAUAUGAUUCAUGGUCCGUGUGGAAAUGCUAAUUUGAACUGUCCUUGCAUGGUUAACAAGAGGUGUUCAAAAAACUUUCCCAAGAGUUUUACAUCUCAUACAACAAUUGAUUCAAAUGGCUUUCCGAUAUAUAGAAGAAGAGAUACCGGACAUACUGUUGUAAAAUCCGGGGUCAGAUUAGACAACAGAAGUGUUGUUCCAUAUAACAAAAUCCUUUUGAAAAGAUAUCAAGCACACAUCAAUGUUGAGUGGUGCAACCAAGCUGGUUCAGUCAAGUAUUUGUUCAAGUAUAUUAAUAAAGGCCCUGAUAGGGCUACUGCUGUUGUUUAUAGUGAUGGUGAUCAAGGCCAACAAGAGAAACCGAGAGAUGAGAUCAAGGAAUAUUAUGAUUGUAGGUACAUAUCAGCUUGUGAGGCAACUUGGAGAAUAUUUUCAAACGAGGUUCAUUAUAGGUAUCCAGCUGUUAUGAGGCUGCCAUUUCAUUUACCUGGUCAACAGAAUGUUGUUUAUGGUGCAGAUGAUGACAUUGAUAAUGUUCUAAGUAAGCCUUCUGUUGCUUCUUCAAUGUUUAUGCAAUGGAUGAAGUUGAAUGAAAAAGAUCCGGCUGCUCGAGAGCUGACAUAUGUUGAGUUACCUACUAAGUAUGUUUGGAAACUUGAGAAAAGAUGUUGGCAAGUUCGUAUAAAAUACCAAACUGUUGGAAGGAUUCAUUCCGUUUCUCCUGCGUUGGGCGAGCCGUAUUUUUUAAGAAUUUUACUCAACAAAGUUAAAGGCCCACGAUCGUUCGAGGAGAUACGAACUGUUAACGGGAAAGUGUUCCCGACUUUUAGAGAAGCAUGCUAUGCUUUGGGACUAUUAGACGAUGAUAAUGAGUACAUUGAAGCCAUUAAAGAAGCAAGUUUCGAAGGGCAUGGUCGAUAUCUACGUGCUUUAUUUGCUACAAUGCUUGUGUCAAACACCCUUUCAAGACCAGAAGUCGUAUGGGAGAAGACAUGGAACUACUUAUCUGAUGAUAUUCUAUACAAACGACAGAAAGAAACUAAUAUUUCAGGUUUAGUGCUUCCUGAACAUCAAUUAAAGAACCUUACAUUGUUGGAAGUAGAAAAGUAUUUAAUUUCAAAUGGUUCCACAUUACGUAGAUUUUCCACUAUGCCUUAUCCGGAUGAUGAUUCGUUACGUAAUGCUACAAAUCGGCUAAUUAACGAAGAGCUUUCUCAUGACGUGACUGAGGCACAAAAUGAGUUUAAUAGACUGCAUGAAUCUCUUACUGAUGAACAACGAUGUGUCUUUAACCAAAUAAUGCUUGCAGUUGAUAGCGGAAACGGGGGUAUCUUUUUUGUAUAUGGGUAUGGUGGAACUGGGAAAACAUUCUUAUGGAAGACCUUAGCUUCAGCCGUUCGUUCUAAAGGUGAAAUUGUAAUAAACGUCGCUUCAAGUGGUAUUGCAUCCUUACUUCUUUCUCGCGGUAGGACCGCACACUCAAGGUUUCAUAUACCCAUUAAUCUAACAGAGGAUUCAAUGUGUCAUAUUAAGCCAAAAAGUGAUAUUGCGAACUUAAUUAAGGAGGCAAAGUUGAUUAUAUGGGACGAGGCACCAAUGGUCCACAAACAUGCCUUUGAGGCUUUAGAUAGGUCAAUGACAGAUGUUUUUUCAGGUGGUACAAGUAUACGUUCGGAAGUUCCAUUCGGAGGUAAAGUUAUCGUUUUUGGUGGUGACUUUAGACAGAUUCUUCCAGUUAUUCCUAAUGGAAGUAGACAGGAAAUUGUGAAUGCAUCCUUGAGCUCAUCAUAUAUAUGGUCAAAGUGCAAAUUGUUAAAGUUGACUAAAAACAUGCGACUGACUGUCGGAGCUCAAAAUUCGAAUAUGGAAUCAAUUAAAAAAUUCGCCAAAUGGCUACUUGAUAUUGGUGAAGGAAAAGUUGGUGGUGAUAAUGAUGGUGACGCCCUUAUAGAGAUACCUGAAGAUUUGUUAAUCAAUGAUGUAUCUGAUCCGAUUCAAAGUUUAAUUGACUUUGUAUAUCCUUCGCUAAUGGAACAGUUUAAGAAUCCCGGUUUUUUUUCAGAACGAGCAAUCCUAGCACCUAAAAAUGAAGUGGUUCACGACAUUAACGACCGGUUGCUAGCGUUAUUUCCCGGUGAAGAGAAGGAGUAUUUGAGUUCUGACAGUAUUUGCCAAACCGAGCAAAUGCUUGAUCCGUUUCAAGAAAGUUUAUACUCUACGGAAAAUCUCAAUGCUCUUAAGAUUUCAGGUUUACCUAAUCACAGAUUAGUACUAAAAGUUGGAGUUCCGGUAAUGCUUCUCAGAAAUAUCGAUCAACAAAACGGCUUAUGCAAUGGAACUAGACUUCAGAUUACUUUUCUUGGUAAACGAGUAAUCGAAGCUGAAGUAAUAUCCGGCGGAAAUAUUGGAUCAAGGGUUUUUAUUCCGAGGAUUAACAUGAUACCUUCAGACAAAAAAAUCCCUAUUCAAUUUCAACGCAGACAAUUUCCGUUAUCCGUAUGCUUUGCCAUGACCAUUAACAAAAGUCAAGGACAGUCAUUAUCUAGAGUUGGUCUAUAUCUAAAAGAUCCUGUUUUCACGCACGGUCAACUGUAUGUUGCGCUAUCAAGAGUUAAGACGAGAGAUGGUGUGAAGAUUUUAAUAUUCGACGAUGAAGGAAAACCAACAAAUCAAACUGCCAAUGUCGUUUACAAAGAGAUUUUUGGCAACUUAUGA